UAAUCUGUUCCAUGUGAGUUCAGUGACGAAAACAAAUAUAUUGUUGCUGUAUUUUCAGAGCAUCAGACGGAUCCACAUCAGCAGUUUCAGCAGAAAUCUGACAAUGAAGCUGGUAUCAGUCGUCUUCCUCCUCCUGGCUCCUCUGUUGACCAGCUGCCAGCAGCUCGUCCAACCGGUGGACUGCAGUGACAUCUACAAACAAGACAAGAGCGUCCCCAGUGGAGUGUACACCAUCUAUCCCCUUGGAGAGAGGUCUGCUGUCCAGGUGGCCAACUACGGCGUGGGAGGACAGUACGAGCCUCACUUUGACUUCGGACGGAAAGAUGAACCGGAUGCGUUUGAAGAGUUGGGGACAGGAAACAGAAUCGCCACCUGGCUGCUUUACAUGAGUGACGUACAGGCAGGGGGCGCCACCGUCUUCACUGAUGUUGGAGCUUCUGUCCGGCCCAAAAAGGUACAGUUCACUUUAGUGCUGCAGCUCCAUCAAGCCUCUCGCAGG